CUGCUCCAGAAGAGAAUCCAGCCCUGCUUGCAUCCUACGACGCGAAAUUGGAGGAAAGAUUAUUUACCACGUUACUCAAUUAAUUCCUGUAUAACCGGCGUAGGUCACAAAGGCUUUACCCUGAUUUAUUUUGCAAUCUUUUAAGAGAAAAGGAACGGCGAAACCUCUCGGGAUAGACGCUUUUAACCAACCUAACCAAUGACAUAAAUGUCAGUCGGUCAAGGUCCACUCACACUCCAGAUGUGUGUUUAGCGUUUACAGGUUAGCUUCGCUUUCUCAUUCGAAAACGGGGUACAUUUUGAACGGAAACAUUUUUCAAAUUGUGCCAGUAUGGCAAAUCUUCGCUUUCGGAUGGGAAUUUUGCUUUCUGGUAUUUGACUGGGACUCCAAUCAUGGAUUUAACUGCGGAAGAGCAGACAUGUAGAGCGACAGACUGAUGAUUUUAAGAAACACUGAAGAUCCGUCAGAAAACUACAAACAAAUCGUGCACGUGAAGGAAGAAUUGCAUUUCUACAAAGAAGCUCCUCUGUGUUUUAUUUCUGAUAACUCUCCAUCGUCCAUUAAUCUCAGGUUAAACAUUAAGUGGACACGGUUGUGGUUUAUUUCAGGUUAAGUUGACAAAAGACAAUCUGCUUGUACCUUUGCCAUCAUGUCGGCUGUGAUGAUAACACGGAAGGCUACUCGAAAAUGGGAGAAAUUACCUGGGAAAAACACCUUCUGCUGCGAUGGACGGGUUAUGAUGGCUCGGCAGAAAGGAGUAUUUUACCUGACCUUAUUUCUCAUCGUUGGAACCUGCUCUCUAUUCUUCGCCUUUGAGUGCCCGUACCUGGCAGUGCACCUGUCUCCUGCCAUCCCUGUGUUUGCAGUGCUGCUCUUCGUCUUUGUCAUUGCCAUGCUGCUCCGAACCAGCUUCAGUGACCCAGGGGUGCUGCCACGGGCCCUGCCGGAGGAGGCCAACUUCAUUGAGAUGGAGAUCGAAGCGGCCAAUGGGAACGUCUUGGCUGGACAGCGGCCUCCGCCCCGCAUCAGGAAUGUGCAAAUUAACAACCAGAUCGUCAAGCUGAAGUACUGCUACACCUGCAAGAUCUUCAGACCCCCUCGUGCUUCCCAUUGCAGCAUCUGUGACAACUGCGUGGACCGGUUUGAUCAUCAUUGUCCCUGGGUCGGAAACUGCGUAGGAAAGAGGAAUUACAGAUAUUUCUACUUGUUCACACUCUCGCUGUCUCUACUUACCAUCUACAUCUUCGCCUUCAACAUCGUCCAUGUGGUUCUACGUUCUGUAGACUCUGGAUUUGUGAAUACCCUUAAAGAAACUCCUGGAACUGUGUUGGAGGUUCUGGUGUGUUUUUUCACGAUCUGGUCUGUGGUGGGAUUGACUGGUUUCCACACCUACUUGAUCUCCCUCAACCAGACCACCAAUGAGGACAUCAAAGGCUCGUGGUCUGGAAAGAACCGUGUGCAGAACCCAUACAGUCAUAAGAACAUCUUCAAGAACUGCUGUGAGGUUCUGUGUGGCCCCACUUUCCCUAGUGUGUUGGACAGAAGAGGGGUGAUGCUGGAAGACUCGUCUAGCCCCACCCCCUCUGAUGUGUCUGCUGCUUCCACACAUAAGGGCACCAACCCUGUUUCACAAACCACAAAAUCCUCAGCUCCGCUGAUUCCCAAUGAACACACCCCUGAUGAAGCCAAACCCAGCAUUGGUGCAGGCACCCAGAAGAGCACCAGCUCCCCUAAAGAAGAGAAACCCCCCUCACCAACAUCCCCCAAUGCUGUUGCCCCUGCAGUCAUCAAAGAGUCGACCCACUAGUCUCCUGACUUCUCUCAACCCUCUGAAUGUCCUCACACAAAGGAAAAAAACUUGUGAUUCGUUUAGAGCAGUGGCCUAUGUUCUCUGAUACUCUUUCGCAGAACGGGACCCCCUCUGGCCGGAUCCUGCACUAGCACUCAAGACAAGUUCUGGAGGUUUUGAGACUCUCCUCUCUUUAUCACAGCAUGAUGAAACUCACAAUGAAGGAAAUGGGGAGCCAUAGACUGAAUGAGAUGAGAAUGGGCUACCCUGAAGCAUAAUGAGGACAUUAUUUCCCUCAAAAAGUCUCGUGAAAUGUUUGGUUGAUUUUUCCAGUGUCAUUACCCGUUUCUGUAUAGCCUGCCUCCAUUAUUCAUAACCAUUGUGUGCCCUGUAAAACCCAUUACAAGCUUCUAUAAUAGUUGUGCAAAAUGCCCUGUGGAUCAGACUUCUUUGUUUUCAAAGUGUGAUAAGGAAAAGUGCUUUAGCCAUAAACUGACAUUUAGGCCCAACACAACUGCUUUAUUCUGAUGAUGGGGCCUUUUGGAUCAGCUUAGUCAAUCAGUCAGUUAUAAAUGUGAUUCAAGCUCAGACUUCAUUUCACAAUCAGCAUGGAUGGUAGAAAGCAGAGGCUAUAAGCGGUGUGAGUACAGGCUGAUCUGCAUCAGUAAGAGUGCCUUAUCUAUGCUCUACCAUAACAUCUACAGAGGACUCCAUAAUGCCCUAAUGCUACUCACAUCUCUAUAUGUAAGUUAAUCAGUCUUUUUUUUCGUUUUACAAUUCUAUCGAUCUAUCAGAACGCAAAAAAAAAAAAAAAAAAAAAACUUUUGAAGUUAAUACAUUCCCUCAAUUAUGGUCUUAUUUAACAAGGUCUUUCCACAUCCACCUGACAUAUGAGCAAUCUUCCCUUUUUUUCCUUUCCGCUAAGAGUUGGAUAUUACUACUCGAGCCCUGAGUGCUUCUAUGUGCACUGAGUAAAUUAAAGAUAAAGUUUGGUUUACAUCUGAAAAUGAACUGUCCCGAGUCUAAGCAUGGAAAAGUCCAAUCCUCCUUCAGUGUCAUUUAUGCAUGGUUUUGCAUUCAGUUAAGAACCAUCUUUAAAUUACGUUGGUUUUACUUUUCACACUGUUUAUGGUAGCAGCCCCAGUUUAUAAGCAAAUGUGCAUUGUAGUCACCUUUACUAAUUUCACUGUAGUAUGUUGGCCACUUGUAAGGGAACACUAUUUACAGACAUCAGGGACUCGUAUAUUUUUACAUGAAUUUUCAUAGCCAGCUACACAUUUGUUUCAGAGAUGUAAACAUGGACAGUAUUGUUGUGUGGAAAGAAUUUCGUCUCUGAUUCAUUUGAAGCAGCCAGCUUUAUAUUUUUUCUUUUAUGGGUCCAGUUCAGUGCCAUCUUACAGCAGUUUGAAAUCUAUAAGCUGGAAUGUUUGUGGGAUUCAUUUAGUUUGAUUGUAAGUUCCUUUACUGAUGUUGAAGAAAGUGUUCAUGGUAAAAGUCCAUUAUUGCAGGAAAUUUAGUCCUUUAAAUACCAACAGAAUGUGCUUCUAUCAGAUCAGGUUUAAUUUAUAGCAAAUGGGAUUUUUGUGAGUACUUUGGUGUGAACUAUUUUGAUGAUUUACUACACUGUGUAUGGAAAAUGUGAAUAUUAAUUUGCUAUGCUGAUGGUAUUACUGAGUAUAUGGCAAUGUGCUGAAAAAUUAAUCCCACUGAAAUCGGUCACUCUUGUUUACUAUAUGAGGCGCAACAAAAUCAAAAAUCUUAAUGCCAAGUCAGUGUAAUGUGUAAAUUUGGAUUAUUAGCAAAAGAUGGUCUGCUCUAGAUAUUUGGAUAUGAUGCAUAACGAACACCUUAUUCGUCAUCACAAAUUGAGUUGUGUUCACUUUGCUUGGUAAUAACACUGUGAUCAUGUAUAUCCUCAUACUCUUCACAUCUUACUUUUAUGAAUUUAUGUGUAUAUGUAUGUUCAUUAAAUUAUAUGGUAUUAAUACAA